AUGUCGGGCGUUCUUUGCGUACCUUCCCCCAAUAGAGAGGAAGGCACGACCAGAGAGGGCUCAAAUGCUCCUUCCUUUCAUGGAAGUCAAUGUCAUCAGCAACAAACAGACCAAUGCGAUAAUUUCCAGCCUGCGGGACCGGCCCACUAA